AACAACGUGAGAGAGAGAGAGAGAGAGAGAGAGAGAGAGAGAGAGAGGUUCGGAGCUGAAGCAACAGAGUAGUGGGGGUGAGAGUAUAAAGCGGUUAGAGAAAGGAAAAGGUUGAGGUAUUUGUGCUACCACUCUGUAUCUGUACAGUGAAAAGAGAAAAAGCGAACAAGAACAAGAAUCUCUGUGUUUGAAAUUGCUAAAACAAAGAUAGAAAGAGAGAAACCUCAACAACACUCAACAUCAUCACCAUCAUCAAUCAUCAAAUAUAAAGAUCAAACAGACAGAGAGGGACUCUCAUUCUUCUGAAAUUUAGCUCUCUCUGGUGAGGACUGAGGACAAUGUUGAUGAAUUGAAUUGUUGAAUUGAGAGGUCAACUUUGCGGUUUGGAUAGUAGUUUCUCUGGUGUCGUUUGUUAUGGCGGCAUUGUCGUUUUCAGUGGCGUCAGUGGUGGAGAAUGUGCUUCAACAGCAUGGUCGCCUCAAGGAUCUUGAUUUGGAAUCUAGAAAAGCAGAAGAAGCUGCAUUCAGAAGGUAUGAAGCGGCAGGGUGGCUGAGAAAAAUGGUUGGAGUUGUUGCUGCUAAAGAUUUACCAGCAGAGCCCUCUGAGGAAGAGUUUAGGCUUGGUUUGAGGAGUGGGAUCAUUCUCUGCAAUGUUCUAAACAAGGUUCAACCAGGUGCUGUACCCAAGGUUGUGGAGAGUCCUGUUGAUUCUGCACAAAUCCCUGAUGGAGCACCCUUAUCGGCAUUUCAGUAUUUUGAAAAUGUGAGGAACUUUCUGGAUGCUAUCCAGGAAAUUGGAAUUCCUACCUUUGAGGCUUCUGAUCUGGAACAAGGAGGAAAAUCAGCCUGGGUUGUUAACAGUGUCAUGGCCCUUAAAUCCUAUAGUGAAUGGAAACAAACUGGUGCUGAUGGUGUGUGGAAAUUUGGUGGAACUAUCAAGCCAACAAUAUCUUCAAAAUCUUUUGUGAGAAAAAACUCAGAGCCAUUUACUAAUUCCUUGUCAAGGAACUCGUCCUGCAGUGAAAAAUCUCUCACUGCUUUUACCUCUGAUGUUGAGUCUAAUAAAAUGUCUGGUUCUUAUUCUUUGGGUAUGCUUGUUCGUGCAAUACUGUUAGAUAAGAAGCCAGAAGAAGUUCCAAUGUUAGUUGAAUCUGUCUUAAAUAAGGUUGUAGAGGAGUUUGAGCAUCGCAUAGCAAGCCAAGGUGAACAGCCAAAAACAACUUCAAGGGCUCCUGUGUCCCAAAGCAAUGGAUCUAUGUCAAAGUUUGUUAUGGCAGAUAAAAAGGCGAAUAACAAGAUUCCUGUGGUAACAAAGAAAGAUGAAUUCAGCCAUAAAAAACAUGUUGCUGACAAGGAUUCGCAAAGACAACUUCUGAAGCAGAAAAUGCUCUUUGAUCAACACCAGAAUGAUAUUCAAGCACUAAAGCAUACAAUUCACACCACCAAAGCUGGAAUGCAGUUCAUGCAGAUGAAAUUUCAUGAGGAGUUCUCCAAUCUAGGCAUGCACAUUCAUGGCUUAGCUCAUGCUGCUUCUGGGUAUCAUAGAGUUCUUGAAGAAAAUCGCAAACUAUACAAUCAAGUCCAGGAUCUUAAGGGAAGUAUUAGGGUGUACUGUAGAGUAAGGCCCUUCUUAUCUAGGCAAUCAAAUUAUUUGAGCUCAGUGGAUAGUAUAGAAGAUGGAACUAUCACAAUUAAUGUUCCUUCAAAGAAUGGGAAAGGGCGCAGAUCCUUCAACUUCAACAAAGUCUUUGGACCAUCUGCAGCUCAAGCGGAGGUCUUCUCCGAUAUGCAGCCACUCAUUAGGUCCGUUCUUGAUGGAUUUAAUGUUUGCAUAUUUGCUUAUGGCCAAACAGGAUCAGGAAAAACUUACACUAUGACCGGACCGAAAGAGAUUACAGAAAAAAGCCAAGGUGUAAAUUACAGGGCUCUGAGUGAUUUGUUUCUUACAGCAGAUCAAAGAAAGGGCACUUUUCGCUAUGAUGUGUCUGUUCAAAUGAUUGAGAUUUAUAAUGAGCAAGUCAGGGAUCUGUUGGUUUCUGAUGGAACAAACAAAAGAUUAGAAAUUCGUAGUAAUUCUCAUAAAGGACUCAGUGUACCAGAUGCAAGCCUUGUCCCAGUAUCAUCAACACAUGAUGUUAUUGAACUGAUGAACCUGGGCCAAAGGAACCGUGCAGUUGGAGCAACAGCUCUUAAUGACCGUAGUAGCCGAUCUCACAGUUGCUUGACUGUUCAUGUUCAAGGAAGAGACUUGACAUCCGGAGCGGUCCUACGAGGAUGCAUGCAUCUGGUUGACUUGGCGGGAAGUGAGAGGGUUGAUAAAUCUGAGGCCACAGGAGAUAGACUGAAAGAGGCACAGCAUAUUAACAAAUCUCUUUCAGCUCUGGGUGAUGUCAUUGCUUCCCUUGCUCAGAAAAACAACCAUGUCCCUUACAGAAAUAGCAAACUCACACAACUACUUCAAGAUUCACUUGGAGGACAGGCCAAGACACUAAUGUUUGUGCACAUAAGUCCAGAGGUUGAUGCUGUUGGAGAAACAAUUAGCACCUUAAAAUUUGCAGAAAGAGUUGCAACAGUUGAACUUGGUGCUGCUCGAGUAAACAAGGACGGGGCAGAUGUCAAAGAGCUCAAAGAACAGAUUGCCAACCUUAAGGCUGCAUUGGCAAGAAAGGAAGAAGAAUCAGAACAUUCUUUGUCUGGCAGCUCUGGAAAAUAUGGGAGAACAGCUAGUGAGCUAUCACCUUAUCAUGCAAACCAGUGGGGUGAGGAUAUUGGGUGCCAGCAACCUAUGGUUGGUGUAGGCAACACAGAGCUUCACCAUAAUACCCCAUUAAGGAAAAAAAAUCAGAGCUUUGAUUUUGAUGAGAUGUCAACAAAUUCAGAGAUUCACAGUAAUACCACCCCAUUAAGGAAAAAAACUCAGAGCUUUGAUUUUGAUGAGAUAUCAACGAAUUCACCACCCUGGCCCCCAGUGAAAAGUCCAGGACAAAACUCUGGGGAAGAUGAUAAAGAAACUGGUUCUGGAGACUGGGUUGAUAAAGUCAUGGUAAACAAGCAAGAUGCAGGAAAAACCGCGAACAUCUUAGGGUGUUGGGAAGAAGAUAAUGAGCAAAUGUCCGAGGUCUUUUAUCAGAAAUAUCUCCAAGAUUCUUCCAAAACUUACUCGGAACGACCAUACAACACGUUCAUGGGUGGCAACAAGUUCAACAUUGCGGGUUCAGAUGACAUGGAUGAUCUUGAUGCUGCAACCAGUGAUUCCUCAGAACCUGACUUACUUUGGCAAUUUAAUCAUUCCAAACUUACCAGCAUAGCCAAUGGCAAUGGAUCAAAGGCUAGGAAACCUAUCUCAAAGUCAGCAAAAAGCCCAGAAUUGAGCAAGAACAGUAUUCAUUCUUCUUCUCUUGGUCCUUCACCUUCACGCAAACAAACAAAUGGUGGUGUCUCACAUCGAACAGGAAGGCAUCCAGCUCCAAUUGACAUGAAACGUAAGACUGGAAGUAGAAAGUAAAAAUGCUUACUUGUCAGGCACGUAAAAAAGAGUGAUUUUUUUUCUUUUUUCAUUUUUUUCCCAAUCUUUUAGAUAGAGAACAGAGAGCUUGUGCAGUAUCACUUUUUUUGGGUUAUGUUUGUAAGUUUUGAUACUUGUAUUUACUAUUUACACAUAUAAUGGAUGGAGCAAUAAGGCCUGUUGCUUGUA